GACGGCCUGAUCUACGGCGGCGAUGGCCUGCUGCUCGCGAAGAACGUGGCUGGCGCGGCCUUCGGUGUGGUCUACUCAGCAGGCGUCACGGCGGUGAUCUUCUUCAUCAUGCGCCUCGCCAUGCGCAUGAGGGUCAGCGAGGAGCAGGAGCUGGAAGGAGUCGACCUCCACUGUCACUCCGAGGUGGCCUACGGCAAGACUGAGCACACCGGCAAGCGCAGCAAUUCCGAGCACACCGGCAAGCGCAGCUACGAGGCGGCGGCACCAACGCUGCUGACCAGCACGGCCCAGAGCUCUGCAGAGAAGCCUGCUGAGGUCACCGCUACCGUCUGA